CUCCGAAAAAAGCAAGAUAUAAUUCCCCGAGAGCGCGCGGGGGGGUCGGCGGCAGCGAUCGUGCGGCUGAGGGCGAUGGCAGAGGCCGUGUGAGGCGACGACAUGAAUGAAUUAACCAGAAAAGUGGACGCUUCGUUUUCACCCAAGUCGUCCCCUCGUGGUUCCAGGUCCCCCAUGGCCACUCCAAACCUCUCGAGAAAUGACUCCACGGGGACCUUGAAAAUGACGAUAUCAGCUGGAAAACAUCCCGCGGUGGUCCAUUCUGGGCCCUUCUACUUGAUGAAGGACCCAGCAACAGAGAAUGAGCUCACAGGUGCUACCAACCUGAUGCAGCACUUUAACUUGGAGCAUUCGUACAACAAAUUCACAGGCAAGAAGGUGAGAGAUUCCUUAUCAUCCUUCCUGCCAACACUCCCAGGAAUCAUAGACACUCCUGCUCACCUCACCAAUUCCUCACUCCAGUCACUCAUCGAGAAGCCACCGGUUUUCAAGGAAUUCACUUUGCUCAAUCACCACCAGCUUGCUGCAUUCCGCCUACAUGCAGGCCCACUUCCAGAACAAUAUCGCUUCAUGAAUCAGCCUCCAGGCCAGCGGAAACAUAAAAAACACAAGAAGCACAAAUUCAAAGCAGGGGAAACACCAACACAAGAUGGCUCUGCCGACGGGUCAGAUAUGCACGAGAAAAAGCACAAGAAAAAGAAGAAUGACGAGGAGAGGGAAAAGAAAAAGAAAAAGAAAGAGAAGAAGAAGAAGAAACAAAAACACAGUCCAGAACAUCCAGGAAUUUCGGGUGGUGACAUGAAUAGGAUAAUUCAAUGAUAAGACAGUGUAGUGCGAGCCUUAAUAUUACAGAGAUAGAAACAUCUACUGAAUCAUGGUUCACCUUUGUGCAUCAAGUUACAGUGUUUGUAAAACUUGUAAGUGAAGCUUAAAAAGAAGCAUUUUUCCAGUUAAGGAUAGUCUUUCUCGGUAUGUUAGACCCCAAGUCUAUAUAUGUUACAUGAGUCAGAUUAUUAUAGUUAACUUUUUAUACCUUUCAAGUAUUGUACUAAGCAUUUUAAAUGUCUGUGGCAGAAUAGACAAUGCAAGGUACUGACUUGUCUAAUGAAAAUGUUCCUUUUUUUUUUUUUUUUUUUUUUUUCUUUUUUUUUUUUUCUUUCUUUUUUUUGUUAAAUCAAUAAAAUCUCAACUCAGUGAUGUUUGUCUUUAGCGGAAGAAUGUAAUCAUUCUUGAAUCAUUUACUGAUCAUUUUAAUAAAUAUAGCUGGAUUUGUAAUUAUGUGAAGUAAUGAACUGGCCUGGAUUUCUUUAGUUACAGUAAUCAGGGAAAUAACUAAGAAUGCAAAGAUUAUCUAAUACCACUUAAUGAGCAGAGAAAUGUCCUUUUUAUGUCUGAAAUCUUAUUUAUAUUAAACCACUUCUCUAAUUAUCUUUGCAAAUCAAAUAAGGGAAUUGUGUUGUAAGAGAUUAAGUUAUGUUACUUUUAUGAUGAAAAACAAUGAAAUGAAAAAAGAAAUAUUAUUUUUUAUUUCCUUUGCUUAUUUAUAAGGAUUAAAUUUUCUUUAUAACAAUAAAGCUAAUAUUUUUCACCUUCCAUUGUUACAGUGUGUUCUUACAUUUAUUGAUUUAUGUGGAUGUAGGCAUGGAGAAGUAUGUCCAUGUGUGUGUGUGUAUGUGUGUGUUUGGAGGGGGGGGGGGGGUGCAUUGUUCAUCCAGAAUUAGUUCUCUUAGGAAACUGCAAUUCUCUACAUGCAUAUCACAGCAUUUUUAAUUUAAACCUAAGUCAUAAUUUUUAAACAUAACCUGUCUACUAUUGUUAGAUUAACUUUCUUCAGCAUUUCUUUGUAGUUCAUCUGGUGGUUCUUAGUUCAAACAUUCCAGAUUAUCCAUUUCCUUGUGUAAGUGGAAACUUCCCGUGAUUGAAAGGAACUCUAGAGUAGGCUACAUGAUAGUUGUGAUGACUUUCUUUACCAUUUCUUUGUCCACAUACAUGAUUGGCUCUAGAUUUGAGUUAGCAGUAGUAUUUUGUUUGCAUCGUUAUAUGUGUGAAUCGCAAGGUUUUCAACAUUUGAAACUGCUUCUCCCAAUUUUCACUGAUGCAGAGAUUGAUUUUUACUAACCCCCAUAUUUGAUUAACUGGUCAGUUCAUCAUGAAAUUACUGGUCUGAAUCUAGCAAAUGGCAAUUGACAUGUAAAUAGCUCAUCUGACUGGGUAUUUUGGUAUAAAAUAUAUCAUGGCAGAGUGGAUGCAGCAGAUCAUUGACUUACAAAUAUUACAUAAAGAAAGAAUGAUAUCUGCUUCAACAUUAUACAUUUCUACAAUAUUUUCCUAUCCAUCUUAAAGUUCUGCAUUGAGCAGACAUUAAGUAGAUCAUAUAGAGGUAUGUGCAGUUUUCUACAUAUGAAUGUAUCUUCAUAGAUUUCUGUCAGUUUUUCACAUGACUUGUAAUGCAAACUAUUAUAAUUUGCCAAUUUAUUUAUUUUUAUGUAUUUAUAUAUUUUUCCUUUACACACACAAAAAUGCCAACAUGUGUGCAACUCAAUGUUUAAAAAAAAAAUCCAGAUACACUUUACAACUUGCCUAAGAGCCCUAUGAAAAAUGAUAUAUUAAUUACCUUCUAUUUUGAUGAGACAAGUAUAUUUUUGUCCUUUUAUAGAUUCAAAUACAAACCUUUGCAAAAAAAAGAUAUGCUGUGAUUAAAUAGAUAUAUA